CUAAAGCCUCUUUUUUGUUUUCGAUGAACGCGUACUUGCUCUUUUCUCAGUCGGUACCUGUUGUUGGAGAAGCGGCGGCCCGUAUCGUCGGCUUUGUCUCCGCGGGGCCGGAGGACGCGGGUCCGGUCUUUCAGCCCAGCCGGCCUUUCUUGCUUCUUUUGUCACCCGUUGCCAUGCACGCCGGAAUCGGCCACGGCGGAAUCUCGGCAAUUUCACUGACGUUUGAUUUAUUUCGCUCGCCAAAGUGAUCGCGGUCACCAAAUAGUGCAAAGCAGAAAACAGCUGCACACUCAUUCAUAUGAAACAAUUAUUUUGCAAUAUCACGUCGGGGUGCAAUUUUUUUGCAGCAGCAGGCGCGGCUGACGGCUGCCGAUGCGUUCAAGUGCAGCAGGGACGGGGUUAAUCCGGCAGCAGGAGGUUGGCUCCGCCAGGAGAGGGAAGGCUGAGGCUGAGGCUGAGGCUGAGGCUGAGGACAGCGGGACUGCGAGCACGUCCGAGCCAGUCCAACACCUGCACCUGGUCUCUCCAUUUCCACUCUGGUCCCGCAGGCGCCGCGCUGUCGCCUUCCUGAAGUUCGCCGGGGGGGGGGGGGGGAACAAAAAAAAAAAAAAAGGAUUUUUAUACCUUCUCCCGUCAACCAAAAGGAUCUCACGGGCAAAAGGAGAGCAAUCUUUUCUUCUCCAAAGAUUUAGAUCUCCGUGGGCUACCUGUCUGAGCGUUACCAUGACGACGUCCGGCGCCCAACUCCUGCUGGUGGCCUUGUGUGUUUACAGAGUUCUGGGCCUGCAGCAGUCGGCGCCGCGGGUUCGACUCUCCUUCAAAGAGCUGAUGGAGACGAGGGCGGCGCGACCCUUCAGUUUCUCCUUCAACACCAGCGACUACAGAAUCCUCCUGAUGGAUCAGGACCAGGGCCGGCUGUACCUGGGCAGCAGGGAGUACCUGGUGGCCCUGGAUAUGCACAACGUCAACAAGGAGCCGCUAAUAAUCCACUGGCCGGCGUCUGCGAAGAGAAAAGGGGAAUGCCAGAUGACGGGAAAGGGAAGACAGGGCGAAUGCGCCAACUUUGUGCGCUUGAUCGAGCCGUGGAACCGCACCCACCUCUACACUUGCGGAACGGGCGCUUAUCAACCCGUCUGCACGUUCAUCAACAGAGGCUGGAGGGCAGAGGACUACCUGUUCCGGCUGGUCCCCGGGUAUGUGGACUCCGGCAAGGGAAAAUGUUCCUACGAUCCCAAAGAGGAGAACAUCGCGGUUCUUAUUAACGGCAACCUGUACGCCGGGGUCCACAUCGACUUCAUGAGCACAGACGCGGCUCUCUUUCGGACCAUGGGCGGGAGGAGCGCCAUCCGGACGGAGCAGUACGAUUCCAGGUGGCUCAACGAACCGGUGUUUGUCCGGAUCCAGCAGAUCCCCGACAGCGCGGAGGGCAACGACGACAAGCUCUACUUCUUUUUCCGCGAGAAGAGCUUAGACUCGAGCCCCAGUGUCCUGGCCAGGGUGGCGAGGGUGUGCCUGAAUGACGAAGGAGGUCAGAAAUCGCUGGUGAACCGCUGGACGACGUUCCUGAAAGCUCGUCUUAUCUGCUCGGUGAUCGGCGACGACGGCGUGGAGACGCGAUUCGACGAACUACGUGACGUCUUCGUUCAGCCGACGCAGGACGAGCGGAACCCGACGGUGUUCGCGCUCUUCACCACCGCAGGCUCCGUGUUCAAGGGCUCGGCGGUCUGCGUGUACUCCAUGGCCGACGUCCGCAACGUCUUCAACGGGCCGUUCGCCCACAAGCACGGCCACAACUACCAAUGGACCGAGUACAACGGCAAGAUUCCGUACCCUCGGCCGGGAACGUGCCCGGGAGGAACCUUCACCCCCGGGAUCCACUCCUCCAAGAGCUUCUCGGACGAGGCCGUCAACUUCAUCCGGGCCCAUCCCCUCAUGUUCCGCGCGGUGUAUCCCGUCCACCGGCGCCCCCUGGUGGUGAGGACCGGCGUGGACUACCGCUUCACAGCCCUGGCGGUGGAUCAGGUGGACGCGGUGGAUGGACGCUACGAGGUCCUCUUUCUGGGCACAGAUCGCGGCACCAUCCAGAAAGUCAUAGUUCUGCCCAAAGACCCCACCAAGAUGGAGGAGCUCACGCUGGAGGAAGUGGAAGUUUUCCGGAGCAGAGCCCCGGUCAAAACCAUGAAGAUCUCGUCCAAACGGCAACAGCUGUACGUGUCGUCGGACGCGGGCUUGACGCAGGUUUCGCUGCACCGCUGCGGGGCGUACGGCCGGGCCUGCUCCGACUGCUGCCUGGCCCGCGACCCGUACUGCGCCUGGGACGGCGAGAGCUGCUCGGCCUUCACGCCCUCCACCAAGAGGAGGAGCAGGAGGCAGGACGUCAAGCACGGCGACCCCCUCAGACAGUGUCGGGGAUUUAACGCCAAAGUGGAGAAACGUCUGCGAGAAACGGUGCAGUUCGGCGUGAAAGGCAGCAGCACCUUUUUGGAGUGUCAGCCUCGCUCUCCCCAGGCCAGCGUCAAGUGGCUUUUCCAGAGGGACGGCAAAAGGAAAGUGCUGAACCGUGCGGGAGACGUCCUGAAGACCAACCACGGCAUCCUCCUCAAGUCCCUGAACGCGUCGGACGCGGGUCUGUACCACUGCCUGGCCACGGAGAACAACUUCAAGCACACGGUGGCCCGCGUGGCGCUGCGCAUCCUCGACCGAGACAUCGUCUUGGCUCUCAGCGCUCGGGAGGAAGAGGAAGAGGAAGAGCCCGAGACUCGCGCGGCGCCGUCCUCGCUCGCUUCCACGCCGUUCCCGCCCGAGAUCAGACUGAUCAACCAGUACUGCCAGUCCUACUGGGACCAGUCGGGUCCCAAAAGGCAACCGCAGCGCAAGCGCACCAGCCGGCGGCACGCGGAGGCCCGGGAGCGAGGGCUGGGUUAGGGCGCUCGAGUCCUCUGAAUUGUGCCCGUCCGGACUUUUCUUGGUGUCGUUCAUGCAUGUUGGUGCAUCUCCUCCAUUUGGUUUGGCAGUCGCCGUUCGAGUGCCACGCCGGUGGUUUUUGUCUCCUGCCUACGAGUGGCUCCAUUUUUUUUUUUUUUUUCGCGGACGGCACAGCCCACCGAUGAGCGCAUUCCAAUGGUUCCAGUCUAGUUGUCGUCUAAGCUUUCCAGUUCAGGUUAGGGUAGUCACAACGGAAGUCCAUUUUGAUUUUUUUUUACUUUUUGGGAGGGUUUUUUUUUUUUUUUUUGCCUUCCAGACCAACCGCAGUCUAUUCCUCGCACAACCACAUGACUACUGUGACGUGAAAGUUUGGGAUUUUGGGCUUUUGCGGGAAAUUUCAGAAGGAACCUCAAAUGCAUCUUUGCGCCGGAACCUUAAAACCGCUCCCAAGAUUUGAGCGUCGCUCACGUCGCGAAUCCUCCUCCACCCUCGAGUCCGAGCGCGAUUCUCAAACGUGGCCACUCGUAAUGGGCUGGAAGUGUAAAAGGAGUGCGUAGCCGCGAUAAAUAGUCUUUCGGGGGGGGGGGGGGGGGCGCAUAUCCAGCUGCGAGAGAAUAGCUAACGAUGCUAAACAAGCCCACGUUAGCCGCCGCUGCUGCCAUUUUGCUAGCAUGUAAUGGAGUGUUGCUUAGAACACUCAAUGUUGUCGCUACAGGGAAGUAAGUUUACUCAACUCGGUUUGUCCCGUUGAGGGUCGCCACUGCAAAACGCUCACAUUUGCUUGGCACAGUUUUUGCGUCGGGGAGCGGAGGCCCAAGUGGGACGCGAACUCACCACCCCAGAUUUACCAAACCACUGAGCUGGGGGGCCUCCUAAAUGUUAUCGUUACUAUCAGUUCAUGUUAAAAUGGAGGCGAUGAAUUCGAUCAAUUCAACAUGGCGACACGCUGGGUCAGCCAGUAAAGCGUUGGCCUCACAGUUCUGAGGUCCCGGGUUCCAUCCCGGAGCCGCCUGUGUGGAGUUUUGGCAUGCGCUCCGGUUUACUCCCACAUCCCAAAAACAUGCAACAUUUGUUUGGACACUCGAAAUUGCCCCGAGGUGGGAUUGUGAGUGUGGCUGUUUGUCUCUAUGGCCGGCGACCAGUUCAGGGUGCAUCCCGCCUCCUGCCCAAUAACGGCUGGGAUAGGCUCCAGCACUCCCACGACCCUUGUGGGGAUAAGCGGCUAAGAAAAUGGAUGGAUGGAUGGAUUCUUAAUAAGGAAAAUAGCACUCUAUAAUUUUGUACCUAUAUAAAACAUGAUCAAAUUGUGCAUUGCGAUUUAGUCAUUGUGUCUCCUUCUGGUGUGUGCGAAACAGCCACCAGGGGGCAGUAAACUACGGUCAUGCUGAUGCCAUCGAAAAAGAGUUUCACAACUACUGUAAGGGACUCUGAUGUAAUUUUAGUUGCUUUUUAAAAUACAACAAUUUGUCCAUCUGAGUGCUGUGAUAUCUUCUCCCCAUCCCUGCGUGGGUUUUCUUCGGGCACUCGGGUGUCCUCCCACAUCCCAAAAACAUUCAACCUUAAUUGGACACUCUAAAUUGCCCCUAGGUGUGAUUGUGAGUGCGACUGUUUGUCUCUAUGUGCCCUGCAAGAUUGGCUGGCGACCAGUUGAGGGUCCUGCCCGUUAAUAGCUGGGAUAGGCUCCAGCGCUCCCCGCGACCCUCGUGAGGAUAAGCGGCUAAGAAAAUGGAUGGCUAAUUCAACAUUUAAACGCACGAGUCCCCGUUUCACUACUUUUUGCUCAACGAGGAGCUGAACGUCAAAAUUCAUAACAGAUUUUUUUUUGAAAUCCACAACCAAACGGCAUUUUUGGCUGUUGUGAAAUUUUACCCGCAAGUUGAACGAAUAUCCCAAAAUUUUUGUGAGUAGUGUAUAUGCGAGUAUGCACCGAAUUUUAAUUUAAUUUUAUUUUUUUUUCAGAUCACUUGAGGCGAGCAUUUUUUUUUUUUUUUUUUUCUUCCAACGUGGCCGACGAGUCACGUAACGACCGGCCGAACCACGAGCGUGCUGAUUUUGAGUAUGUCGGAAACAAAUGUAAUAUAUUGAUUGUGAAUAUAAUAUAUACACGGCCAGUGGAAUACUGCUAACGAUGACGUUUCAUCGGCGUUUGCAUGCUUCCGGAUGUCGUUUGUCGCGCUUCUCCGCCCUCCCGCGGGCCGUCGAAUAUUAAUAUCCCGCGUCUGGAUGUCGCCCCCCCAUCGUGCUGUCGUGACCUCCGACCCCUUCAAGCGUCUGCGUGGCGAAGACGUGCCCAACGGUGAUGCACUUUUCUCAGUGGUGGUGGGAAAUGUGGGAUGUUUGCACAAAUCUAAACAUUUUUUUUUUUUUAUGUACAGUGCAUUGUUAUAAAAAGUGGAACGACGUCUGCUC